GACUGUGGUGAAAUUUGUCGAGUUUGACGAGUUACCCCACCCCUCCAUGUCUCUCCUGCGCGCAACCGCUCAUAUCGCACGCUGUGAUCGUGAAACAUGAUUUCCAGAUAACCUAAGGUCUAAAUCCUAUAUGUCAACUCAGCGAAGAGGAGUGCUCUAUAUAUACCCUCAUCGCCACUUUCCUGUCCAAAUGGCGCGAACUGCUGCAAAACGUCAGAUCAGUAGCGCAGAGGCAGUGGCACAACAGCAAAGGAAUAAACAGGCAGAAAGAGCACGGCGAGAGGCUUUGCAGAGGGAACGUAAAAUAAUUUCUUACUUAGCCGAGGAUGACAACUUCCCAUCAUUUGCUAUACAGCUGGCCAAAUAUGGAUUACAACUGAGGGAUAUACCAGGCGACGGGAAUUGUCUGUUUCGUGCUCUGGGAGACCAACUGGAGGGACAUGGCAGAAGUCACUUUAAACACAGGUUGGAUGUUGCCAACUUUAUGUACCAGCAUCGCAAAGAUUUUGAGCCAUUUGUUGAAGAUAACAUUUCUUUUGACAAUCAUGUAUCAAAUCUUAGAGAACUGGGCACCUAUGCAGGCAACGACGCCAUUGUGGCUUUUGCAAGGCUUAACAGUGUUAAUAUUAUUAUUCAUCAGCUGGCAGCUCCGUUUUUGGAGAUUCAUGGUUCCCCCAACCCAAAUGUCCGUCAGUUACAUAUAGCGUACCAUAAUGGCGACCAUUAUUCCAGUGUGAGGAAGCGCAACGACAACACAGAAUCUCCGGCCAAUAUUAGUUUACAGAUCGGGGACAAAACCGACACAAAACAGAAUUCCCUGAAAAAUGAAGGCUACUCUCAGUCUUACAAUGGUUACCAUAACAACAAGGAGUCUGUUCUGUUUACAAGAGGGGACGGAAUGGCCCGAGUUCUGCGGGAUGAGACCUCCAUAGAACAACAGGUUAUAACAGCCACUGGUUGUAAGGAUAUUGAAACGGUACGACAGAGUCUUUAUGAGAAUGACUUUGAUGUUGAAACUGCAAUCACAGAUGUCUUCCAAAUGAUGGAAAUUUCAAAUAAGUCUGAUACGGCCUCUGUAACCUCUCAGAUGACAGCUGACAGUGGACUUUGGUCUGAUAAUGGCACUGGUUCAAGAGUCAUCUGCUCAACAGCAAGCCCCUCCCACCCUGUCAGUCUUGGCCAUUCCCGUGACAACAGCUUAACCAGUUCUGGAUAUGGGUCACUUAGCAGUAACCAUGGUGGUGCACGUCCCAAAAACCCAGUUAAAAAUAAUCAGAAUCUCUCAGCUAGACAGAAACGUGACCAAAAAAAGAUGGACAAGAAGAAGCGAGCAGAAGAGCGCCAUCGGCAGAACAUUCUAGGUUUGGCGCCGCGUGUUGAGAGCGACGAGGAAUCCAACAGCCCAGAUGUGAUAAGGAUAGCUGCCAAAGAUGCAGCUGUUAUACGGGGAUAGCACUGGCACUAUUAAUCCAGCAUUAACAAAAGGUUGUAUAUUAUCCUUGGUGAAGGUCUUCUGCUCUGUUUACCUUACUUUACUGCAUCGCCACGCAAAGUCUUUAGCGACCAAAACGUUUCAGUUCAGUGUGAUUGGAACAGGAUAUGGAGUAUGGAAUUACAAAGUCCAAGGCAACUGAACCAUCAGCAUUGAUGUAUUGCUGAGUACAUACUGUACAGGUUACAUUCAUGUGAGGGUGAUGCAGCCCACUAUAACUUGAACCUUAGUAUGUGAUCGGAAGCAUCGUUCUACAUUCUGUCCAUUGAGUGCUUCAACUAGUAUCUAGCCGGUAAUAGGUUGUAGCGACCUUAAGAUUUGAUAAGAGCUGACACUGAACUUCACAGGAAUUUAAGCCAAUCAGAAUUUGUCUUCUGCUUUCCUGCGUUGUUUUUUUUUUAUAUGCAAAAUGGCAGCAUCAUCAGCUGACUGGAAGUAAAGGUCCAAAUAAAAUUUCAUUAAAUUUUCUUUUUGUCAGCCAGUUACCAUAUGUAAUGAAAUUGUAAAGUCCUUUGAUUCACAUGGUUAAAUAGACUAAUCUAUUUUUAAUGUGACAUCAUUAUAAUGAACUGGAUUCAGACACUCU